GCGGGGAUGGGGCGGACCCACCAGAGGUGGCAGCAACAAGCUAGCUUGCCUCUCCAGCCUCUUUCUCCGAAUCCCGCUGAAGCGGUUUCCCACCGACUUUCUUUUCCUGCUGCGCAGGUAAGCACAGGGGUGAAAGGUCACAAAAAUGGCGCAGGCCGUCUGUAUUUUACCCCGGUUGCUACUCUCUCGGCCUCUGUUUGGCUUGGCCGCACGCCUCCGGACUCCCGGUUCGGCCGAGCUGAGGCCGCCGUUGCCUGGACUUUGCUGCUUCUGCUGCCGCCGCCUCGGCUCCGGAGCGGCCCUAUUUCCUCGAGUCUCUUGGGCCUCGGCGGCCUUGACGCUGCCUGUUCGCGGUCCCGGGCGUCCCCUGCUCAACCCUCCGGGACUCAUCGCAGCCCUCCCUGCUUUCCCUUCCUGCCUUCGGCGAACCUAUAGCACUGAGGAGCAACCCCAGCAGCGCCAGAAAACAAAGAUGAUCAUUCUGGGGUUCUCCAACCCCAUCAACUGGGUUCGGACUCGAAUUUACGCCUUCCUUAUCUGGGCCUAUUUCGACCAAGAGUUCAGCAUCGCAGAAUUCUCCGAGGGAGCGAAGCAGGCUUUUGCUUAUGUGUCCAGGUUGCUGUCACAGUGUAAAUUUGAUCUGUUGGAAGAACUUGUGGCCAAAGAGGCGCUACAGGUAUUGAAAGAAAAGGUUACUUCAUUACCUGACAACCAUAAAAAUGCCCUUGCUGCUGACAUAGAUGAAAUUGUAUACACAUCAACAGGAGACAUCUCUAUUUACUACGAUGAGAAAGGAAGGAAGUUUGUUAACAUCCUGAUGUGCUUUUGGUAUCUAACCAGUGCCAACAUCCCCAGUGAAACUAUAAGCGGAGCCAGUGUUUUCCAGGUUAAGUUGGGGAAUCAGAACGUGGAAACUAAACAGCUUCUUAGUGCAAGCUAUGAAUUUCAGAGGGAGUUUACACAAGGAGUAAAGCCUGACUGGACCAUUGCACGGAUUGAACACCCAAAGUUAUUAGAAUAAACUUUCUUGGAAAAAUCAGCUUAUUGGAUUUUCAGCAGUUACUAUGAAAAACUGAGGAAGAAAAAUGUUUGGAUCAGUUGCUCUUCCCUUAAUCAAGUCUGUGGAUUACUUUUGUAUUAUUUUGAAAUACUCCUUAUAGUAAGUUGGCAUGAUACAAUAAAGCAUUUUCCACAGAUCAUUAUCACCUUUUAUAGAAGAGGUCAAAGUUAAAAAAUGACAACAGCUUAUCAUUGGUGUCAUUCAGUAUCAUUUCUAAUGUUACAUGAUAUGUAUAUACACACAAACUAAUUUUAUAGACAGUAAAGAAGGUAUUGGAAAAGACUAUACAUUUCUAAAUUAAUAAUCCUUAAACAUUUUAUUUGUGGUUAAUACAUUUAUACCAAUAAUCACAUAUGUGUAAGGUUUAUUUUUAAAAAUCACUGCUGCUAUUUGAUUACCUCUUUGGUCACUAGCUGGAUGAGAAGGAAUGGAUGGAAUUUAGCAGAUAGGUCACUGCAGAACUAAGGAUCAGUGAACUUGAAGCUUAUUAAAGCACAGAGAGAAAAAAGUAGAGCAGUGUCUCAGCCCCCUGUGGAGUAACUUCAAGUCUUCUAACAUACUUGUAUUUGAACUCCUAGAAGCUGGGAUGGGAGACAAAAACAAUGUAAGAAAUAAUGUCUGAAAAUUUUCCUAAUUGAUGAAAACUAUAAACCCACAGAUUUUUAAGAAAUUUCAAGAAAUUCAACAAGCAAGCAAGGUAACACACAAAGAUAACUUCACCAAGGUGCAUCAUAAUCAAAUUGUUGAAAACUAGAGAAAAUGAGAAAAGCAGCUGGAGGAAAAAAAGACACAUUCCAAACAGAGAGUGAAUGUAUUUCUUUUCUCAAACUGCAAGUGAGUGGCCUUGGCAUGACAUUUUUAAAGUGCUGAAAGAAAUAACCCUGCUGACCUAGAAUUCUAUAUUCAGCAAAAAUAUCCUUCAGAAAAGGUGAGAAAGACUCUUUCAGACAAGGAAAAGAUAAGAAGAUUUGUUGCCAGUAGACAUAUUUUGUAAGAAAUUUUAGGGUCAGUGGGAAUAGAGUUCAACAAUUAACCCAUGCAUAUUGGACAGUGGAUUUUUCACAAUGGUGCCAUAGUUAUUCAACGAGGAAAGAAAGUGUUUUUAACACAUGGAUAAUUAUAUAUUCAAGUAGGAAAUAACCUCAACUCUUGCCUCACACCACACAUAAUUGUACUGCAAAAUUAUUAGGUUACAAAGUGGAUCACAGACUUAAUAGAAACUAAUACUCUAGAAAUUCUAGAAGGAAGCAUAGAAGUUGUAUCUUGGACUAGAGAAAGAUUUCUUAGGAAACAGCAUGAAUUGUGAAAAAAGAUUUAUAAAUUGGAAUUUAUUAAAAUUAGUACUUUUGCACUUUGAAAGGCAGCAACAAGAAAAUGAAGAGCUAAAUCACAGAUUGAGAGAAAAUACUUGUAAUACAUAUAUUUGACAAAGGACCUAUAUCUAGAAAUGCUUAUAGCUCAAUAAUGAAGUUAAUGCAAUAAAUAUUAGGGAAGCGAUUUGAAUAGAUUCUUCAUAAAAAUGUUCAAAUUGUUAAUACAUAAAAAGAUGCUCAACACCCUUAGUCAAUAGAAAAAUAUAAACCAUGGAGAUACCACUGCAACCCCACUUGAAUGCCUUAAAUAAUAACUGCCAGUCCCAAACGAUAUUGAAGGUACAGAGCAACUGGAACCCUUACACAUUGUUAAUAAUAAUGCAAAAUAGUGCAGAGAUUCAGAAGAUACUCUGACAGAUUCUUACAAACAUAACAUAGGACCUAGCAGUUCUCUUACUAGAUACUUACCCAAGAGAAGUGAAAACACAUCUCUACAAAGUGUAUGAGAAUGUUUGUAGCAGCUUUUUCCUUAAUGACUACAAACUGGAAGAACCCUAAAUGUUCAUCAGUGGAUGAAUGGAUAGAUGAGUGACAUAGCCAGACACAAAAGACUACUUACUAUAUAGUUCGAUUUCUGUAAAAUUCUAGAAAAGUUAAAACAUGUUCAUUGCAGCAUUAUUUACAACAGCCUAGAUCCAGAAACAACCUAAAUGUUCAUCAGUGGAUGAAUGGAUAGAGAUGUGAUACACAUAUGUGUGUGUAUACACAUAGAACCUUGAGGACCUUGAGGGCACUAUGCUAAGUGAAAUAAGUCAGAGAAAGAAAUACCGUAUCAUCUCACUUAUGUGGAAUCUAAAAAACAAAAAUGGCUCAUAGAGCUCAUAGGUAGAAUAGACUGGUGGUUGCUGGGCAUGAGGAAGGGAUGGGUAAGUGGGUCAAAAGGUACAAACUUCCAGUUAUAAAAUAAUUAAGUCCUAGGAGAGUAAUGUACAGCAUGGUGAAUAGUAAUACUGUAUUGCAUAUUUGGAAGUUGCUAAGAGAGUAGAUCUUAAAAGCCCUUGUCACCAGAAAAAAAGUUGUUUUUAACUAUAGUGAUGGAUGUUUAGUAGACUUAUUGUGGUGAUCAUUCCACGAUGUAUGCAAGUAUUGAAUCAUGAAUAAUAUGUUAUAUAUGUCAAUUAUACCUCAAAAAAAAAAGUUAGAACUUUUCUAUAGUGACAGUAAAUCAGUAGUUUCCUGGGGGUAAUAGUAGAGGAGGGGGGUUUGACUGCAAAGAUGUAUGAAGAUUUUGGGGGUGAUGAAAAUUGUAUACUAUACCUUGACUGCGGUGAGAUUACUUUAUACAGCUAUCACAACUCAUCAAACUGUGGACUUAAAAUGGGUGCAUUUUAUUAUAUGUAAAUUAGUGUAUUUAUGCAAAUUAUACCUAAAUAAAGUUUGCUAAAAUGGUCAGCAAGAAAAGUAAGUUGCGGAAAAAUAAGCUCAGAUGAUUAAAUUUUUACAAAGUAUAAAAAAGUUAAUUUGUGUUUCAUCUAAUCUUAGAUGAAACAGCUAAUGGAGCAAUAAGGCCCUUACUACUAGAAAGAAAAACAUGCAGCCAGUUCAGCUCACUUGCUAUCAGGUGUUAAGAUGCAUCUCCAUUCAAUGAUUUUAAAAUGGGUGGGAAAUGUGUGGCUUAGAAACAAUAAAAUACAGUAUGAUUGUA